CGCUCCGGUACACACGGGUCUGGACCAAGAAGGUCACGGUUAGAUCGCGACGAUCUCCAGCGAACAGUGUUUGUGCAAACGUCGAGCCAGCGGGUUGACUUUCUAACACUGGGCGCUCUCCAGAUCUUCCCUUCCGCGUUGGGUGUUUGCUUCGUUGUUUUUUUUUCGUGGGUCGGAAGGUGGUCGUCCGGGACUUGAUCUCCCGGUUUUUUGUGGGUGUGAAAAGAAGUUUGGUUGUUUGUUUUUGUGUGAUCGCGAUUUUUCGGUGAGGACUUUUCGGUAACGUUGGUCUUGUCCAUAUCUGCCCCGUCGGUACUUGCGGAUAAACGUGUGCAAUAACAACCCUUCCGAUGUGCCUGAACGUUGAAGAUUCGUUAUAUUGUUGAAGCAGUUAAUCAGAGAAUUUAUGGUACUGAUCGAAGAUCAUCCGCCGAUGCAAACUCUGCUUUGUUGCGAUCGCUGUGUGCAAUGACGUCCAAUUGAACCGAGUGAUAAUAGUGUUGUGAAUUGCAAAUGAGAUUAAAUGCAGAGUAAAACGGAUUGUGAAUCAUCGAGUGACAGCUAGAUGCAAAUCUGAAUAUCAGAAAGUCGGUUAGAGGUAAAGAAGAGAACAUGGAAACCUGCGUGCUGAUACCGCAGGAGUUUGCCCUGGCAGUGACGGGCCUUGGGGCGCGCAACUCCCGUGACCAGACGGCAACCGUCUGGUCCAAUACGACGAUCCCGCAGGGAACGCUCUGCUAUCCCUUCCAGGGAACGGUCCGGAUCGACAAUCUGGACGUCUACAGCUACGUGGAUGAGGACGAUAUUCGCCACCGCUUCGGGCUGUACGACGAGAUCACCACCGUGAACGGACGGCGCGUUCGCCACUGCAACUGGAUUCGGUUCCUGCGGGUUUCGGAAACCUACGGACCCCAAGUGAACAUCGUCUGCGCCAAGGUGAAAGGUGAACCGAUCUACGAAAUCGUGAAACCGAUCCCCUCCCAUCAAGAACUGGUCGUGUACUACCUUCCCGAAGGACCGGAAGAGCUGUUCUUCAUCCGAAUGCGAAGCCAACUGUACCGACAGACCAUGGAUUCGAUACUGGAAGACUCCCCCCUCGAUCUAUCCACCUCGCUGCUCUCGCGGGUAAUGCUUCCGAUCUCACCCCCGUCCGGUACGGAGGACGAACGCAAAUCCGUGUCCGGUGACAGUUCGAUUUCCAUCUCGUCCGGGGCGAGCACCAGCGGCGGCGAUCUGGACACCUGUUCCGCCCUCCAAGCGCCCCGCAGCUCCCCGAAAGCGCGACCCUCCCGGGGGGAACGGGCCAUGCUGCCCUGCGAAGUGUGCGGCAAGGCUUUUGACCGGCCUAGUCUGCUCAAGAGGCACAUGCGGACGCACACCGGCGAGAAACCGCACGUGUGCGGCGUCUGCGGGAAGGGAUUCAGCACGUCCAGCUCGCUGAAUACGCACGUGAGGAUCCACAGCGGCGAAAAGCCGCACCAGUGUCAGGUGUGCGGCAAACGGUUUACGGCCAGUUCUAAUCUGUACUACCAUCGGAUGACGCACAUCAAGGAUAAACCGCACAAGUGCAGCCUCUGCUCCAAGUCCUUCCCGACGCCCGGCGAUCUCAAGUCGCACAUGUACGUCCACAACGGAUCGUGGCCGUUCAAGUGUCACAUCUGCUCACGAGGCUUCUCCAAGCAGACGAACCUGAAAAAUCACCUCUUCCUGCAUACCGGUGACAAACCGCACGUUUGCGAGGUGUGCAACAAAUCGUUCGCCCUGGCCUGCAAUCUGAAGGCGCACAUGAAAACGCACGAGGAAGGCGCCCAGGAAGGUCUUCCGCAGUCGCGAGCGCCCAGCAGCGCCGGCCAGCACAGCCACAGCGAGGGCGAGGAGUCCAGUCCGCCGCUCUCCUUCGACAAGGCCACCGAGGAGCGACUGAACUUCUCCAAACAUCUGCUGUUCUCCAACUACACCAAGCAGAUGCUGUCCGGAGUGGGCUGAGGUUCGCGCUUGCAGCGAAGGCAAGGCGAUGAGGCCCUUCGUCGUCCCAUCUUCAUCCAUCUUAGUCCGUUCCGUUCGGCUGCGAGUUCCUCCCUGGGAAAUGCACGCUUCCGCGCAGAUCGCGUAAUCGGUCUCCGAGCACGGGAAGGGAACAUGGGGAACUGCAGCUCCUCGCGCCAACUAAAACCAACUGUCUAAUAAGAGUAGGAAUGAAUCUAAAAACCGCACUGAGUGUUUAAUAGUUUUUCUUUAUUCACGCCCCUAAGUGUAUGUUUAACUGCAUCAAUGUACAUUAAUUUUCUAAUGUGUGACAGCCAGGAGCUAGUUGUAUUUAAAGUUCAUUUGUUCGGAACCGUUUUUUCGUUUCGUUUGCUAGUUGAUAGGGAAAAUAGGCGAUCGUUCGUCGACUGGGUUUUGUGGUUCUCAUCCGUGAUUAGGUCGUCGGACGCACUGCUGCUUUGUAAAUAAUUCGAUUCUACGAUGUCAUAAAUUAAUACCCUAAGGUUGUGUGAUUGAUCCCUCACUCCCCACUUCCAAAUUGUAUCAGUAUCUGAGAAGGAAAUAUGCAAAUAAUAAAACGUGUACAGUAACUGUCGAAAUAAUUGAAA